AUGACCAUCAUACCAGUGAAACCCCAAUCCAUUUUCCAUCGCAUGAUUCGUGCUGGAAGCAAAGUGGAAAUCCCAAAGAGGAAGAGCAGCUUGACAAGAAGAGAGCAGCGACGAAGCUCUGCUUCAUCUUCACUCACCAAAUCUACAAGAAGUGAAGACUCUGACCUGUUUUCCUCAUCCUCCCAUUCCGGUGAUCUACGAGAACAACCACAACACGAAUUCGAGAUUGUUAACCAAAACGAGUUCGUUGACAAUGUCCUUAUUGACAACUGCAGCGAUAUGGAUUGCGUUGUCCACUUUUGCAAUGAAGAGUUGCAACUUUCCUACGAUGUCGAAGAACACCUCGUGGAGGUGUUGAGAGAUGCACCCAAAAACAAGUUUGUUCUCUAUCACAUUGAUUCUCAAAUGGCACCAUACUUCACCAAGAAACUUGGCAUCAGCAAAGAAGAAUCCACACUACUUCGAUUCAAAAAUGGACAAUUGAUCGGAAGGAUAUCAUUCAUGUCAUUCGAACAUUGCGCUUCAAACCUAGAAGAAUGGAUCAAGGAAACAAAACAAAAGGACGAUUUUGCGUCCUUUCAACCUGUUACUACGUGCAAAAGAACCGUGUCAACAAACACACUUUAG